AAAGGACUAGUCUGACAGGAAGAAUUACAAAUCUGGAGCUCAUUUUGGCGUCGCAGAGGGAAGCAUUGCAAUGUUUCUGCCACCUCUGUACAAAAGAUAAUUUUACUUGUGUGACAGAUGGGCUCUGCUUCGUCUCUGUCACAGAAACCACAGACAAGGUUAUCCACAAUAGCAUGUGUAUAGCUGAAAUUGACCUGAUUCCUCGAGACAGGCCAUUUGUAUGUGCACCUUCUUCAAAAACUGGGUCUGUGACUACAACAUAUUGCUGCAAUCAGGACCAUUGCAAUAAAAUAGAUCUCCCUACUACUGUAAAGCCAUCACCUGGCCUUGGUCCCGUGGAAUUGGCAGCUGUCAUUGCUGGACCAGUCUGCUUUGUCUGCAUCUCACUCAUGUUGAUGGUCUAUAUCUGCCAUAACCGCACUGUCAUCCACCAUCGCGUGCCAAAUGAAGAGGACCCUUCAUUAGAUCGUCCUUUUAUUUCAGAGGGUACUACGCUAAAGGAUUUAAUUUAUGAUAUGACAACAUCAGGAUCUGGAUCGGGUUUACCAUUGCUUGUUCAGAGAACAAUUGCAAGAACUAUUGUGUUACAAGAAAGCAUUGGCAAAGGACGAUUUGGAGAAGUUUGGCGAGGAAAGUGGCGGGGAGAAGAAGUUGCUGUGAAGAUAUUUUCCUCUAGAGAAGAACGCUCAUGGUUCCGUGAGGCAGAGAUUUAUCAAACUGUAAUGCUACGUCAUGAAAACAUCCUGGGAUUUAUAGCAGCAGACAAUAAAGACAAUGGUACUUGGACUCAGCUCUGGCUGGUGUCAGAUUAUCAUGAGCAUGGAUCCCUUUUUGAUUACUUGAACAGAUACACAGUUACUGUGGAAGGAAUGAUAAAGCUCGCUCUGUCCACAGCAAGCGGUCUUGCCCAUCUUCACAUGGAAAUUGUUGGUACCCAAGGAAAGCCAGCCAUUGCUCACAGAGAUUUGAAAUCAAAGAAUAUCUUGGUAAAGAAGAAUGGAACUUGCUGUAUUGCAGACUUAGGACUGGCAGUAAGACACGAUUCAGCCACAGAUACAAUUGAUAUUGCUCCAAACCACAGAGUGGGAACAAAAAGGUACAUGGCCCCUGAAGUUCUCGAUGAUUCUAUAAAUAUGAAACAUUUUGAAUCCUUCAAACGUGCUGACAUCUAUGCAAUGGGCUUAGUAUUCUGGGAAAUCGCUCGACGAUGUUCCAUUGGUGGAAUUCAUGAAGAUUACCAGCUGCCUUAUUAUGAUCUUGUACCUUCUGAUCCAUCAGUUGAAGAAAUGAGAAAAGUUGUUUGUGAACAGAAGUUAAGGCCAAAUAUUCCAAACAGAUGGCAGAGCUGUGAAGCCUUGAGAGUAAUGGCUAAAAUUAUGAGAGAAUGUUGGUAUGCCAAUGGAGCAGCAAGGCUUACAGCUUUGCGGAUCAAGAAAACAUUGUCACAACUCAGUCAACAGGAAGGCAUCAAAAUGUAAUUCUGUGGCUUUACCUGAACUCUGCUUUUUUCUUCAGAUCUGCUCCUGGGUUAAUUUGGGAGGUCAGUUGUUCUACCUCAUUGAGAGGGAACAGAAGGAUAUUGCUUCCUUGGGCAGCAGUGUACUAAAGUCAAUUAAAAACUUCCCAGUAUUUCUUUGGACCCAGGAAACAGCCACAUGGGUUCUUUCUGUGCACUAUGAACGCUUCUUUCCCAGGACAGUUAUAAAAUGUUGUGUAGUCUACUUUUAUUUUUUAUUAACAAAACUUGUUUUUUAAAAAGAUGAUUGCUGGUCUUAACUUUAGGUAACUUUUGUGCUAAAGAUCAUCUUUAAGAGUAAAGGAACUGAAUUGAUGAGUUAUAAUGAAACAUUUCUUAUUUUUAAAGAAAGUGAUUUACUCCUGGUUAGUACAUUCUCAGAGGAUUCUGAACCACUAACAAGUUUCCUUGAUUCAGACUUUGAAUGUACUGUUCUAUAAUUUUUCAGGAUCUUAAAAGUAACACUUAUAAAACUCUUAUCUUGAGUCUAAAAAUGACCUCAUAUAGUAGUGAGGAACAUAAUUUAUGCAAUUGUAUUUUGUAUACUAUUACUGUUCUUUCACAUAUUCAGAACGUUACAUGCCUUCAAAAUGGGAUUGUACUAUACCAGUAAGUGCCACUUCUGUGUCUUUCUAAUGGAAUCAAGUAGAGUUGCUUGAAGUCUCUAUGUUAAAGCCUAUAGUGUUUCAACUUCCAAAAGUUUAUUUAUCUGGGUAACCCAAACUAUUUCUGUUUUGUUUUUUGAAAGGGUUUUUGUGGUGUGUCAUUUGGUAUUCCAUUUUGAAAAUGCCUUUCUCCUACCAAAUGUGCUUAAACCACUAAAGAAAUGAAGUGGCAUUAAUUAGUAAAUUGUUAUCAUGGUCAUGUUUGAAUAUUCUCACAUUAAGCUUUUGCAUUUUAAUUGUGUUGUCUCAGUAUACUUUUAAAAAAUCAAGUGGCACUCUAGAUGCUUAUAGUACGUAAUAUUUUAAAGUGUGUAGCCUACAGACUAAUUUUUCUAAAAGGGAAAGUUUGUCUAGCUGCUUGUGAAAAGUUGUGUGGUAUUCUGUAAGACAUUUUUUCCUUUAUCUGUUCAAAGACAGUGUUAUUUUUUUAAGAAAUUAAUUACAUUUAAAGUUAGAAUAUGGUUAAUGUUAAAUAAUAGGUCUUUUCCUAGUAAGGCAGAAGCAGUUAAUAAUUCGAAUAGAUAACGGGUGUGCACGCAAGUCACAUUUGUUAUGUAGGAGUAAAUGUUCGGUGGACUCUGUCUUUGUAACUAAGGUUAGAGUUAGUGUGGUUUUGAGGUCCCACUACCCUUUGAGGAAGGCAGCUUUUAAUUCAGUGUUUCCUUAUGCGUGCAGAUACUACAACUGCUUAAUUUCCAUGUGAUUUGUGUAAUGAAUUCAGUACACCCUUGAUACUGGGAGAGGUGAUAGCUAAAGAACAUUCUGAGUAUAGGUUUUCCACUUACAGAGGUUUUUGGUCAGGUUAAAUGUUUUAAGCAAACUUGUCAUGGUCUUCUCACAUUCAGUUGAAACUGGUUUAUAAUAACUGGUUUUUACUUCCAGUGCUAUCAAGUCUUUGCAGGGCUUUUACAGUUUUCAAAAUCCUUUUUAUCACUGUGAUCUUAUUCUGAGGGGAGAAAAACUUUCAUAGUUGUGAGGCAAGACUUUGACUUUAUAGUGCUAUCAAUUCCCCGAUAAAAGGGUCAGAAUAACCUUUACAGUAUUUUGGUCAGGAAGAGAUAGUGGCCAUUUACGCUGAAUGAGUUGCAUUCUGAUAAUGUCUUAUCUCUUAUACAUAGAACAAAUUGGAAAGACUAUUUGGUCUUAAAACCAAAGUGAUUUUAGAAUGAGUGACAUAUUACAUAGGAAUUUAGUGUCAAUUUCAUGUGUUUAAAAACAUGGGGGAAAUGUGCUUAGAGAUUACUAUUUUGACUACCAAUUUGAGUUUUUUCUGUAAUUACCAUGAUUUCAUUGAAGCAAAUGAAUGAGUUUGAGAGGUUAGUUUUUAUAGUUUUGUUAUAUAACUUGAUUAAUAAUAAUCUCUAAUUUUGUGAUCAGGUACUUUUUUUGGGCCAUUUCUAAGCCUAUCUGAUCUGCUUUAUGAAAUCCAGGGGACCAAUACAUUUUAUCACUAAAACUAUUUUUAUAUAAUUUUAAGAACAUACCAAAAGUUGUCUGAUUUAAAGUUGUAAUACAUGGUUUCUCACUUUCAUGUAAGGUAUUCAACUUUUGCUGAAAAUAUUCUUUAUUAAAUCAAAGAUUGAGUUACAGUGAUACUGUUUUAGCCUUCAUGGAUAAAAUGUACUCUUGAUGAAUCAGGGAAUUUUUUUAAAGUUGGAAUUUAGUUCUAAAUUGAGUUUACAUAUUACUGCAGUUAAUUCCUUUUGGUUAGGAAUGGCUUGAUAAACCCCGAUUGGCUGGUAUUAAAAAUGAAAAUAACUUAAAAGAGGAGAUGCCUUUAAUUACUGUGGCCAUAACUGCAGAUAAGUUUGACAAAAGUAAUAAUUUUGUCAUUUAGAAACACAGUUCUUUGUUUAUACUGCCUAUCAGAGGAUGCUCACCUUCCAAGAUUCAACUUUGUUAAAACAUAUCUUCUGGCAAAGUACAUAUUCACAUUCAUUUUGUCAAGAGUAGGUAUGGGGAAAGUAUGACUUAGUGGGGCAUAGACAUUCGUGGUCUGUCCUUCCUGUCUUCAGCUCUGCCUCUCCCAACCUGCUUUCCCGCUGGUUCCUGACUCAGAGACCAUUGCCUCCUCCCAGCCUAGAUUUGCUUUCGAGACCUAGAGUAAAAUGACGGAUGGACGUUGUGGGACACACUUCAUUUUCUUCUGUCAUUGGAAGGGAGGGGUCUCCAGGUUUGGAGAUUGAGCAGAUGAGGUUUUGGAUGCUACUGCAAUUGCCUUUCUUUGGCUUUAGCCAUGGACGAGGAGUGGGGUGGCAGCAGGGUGACUGUGUGGCAGUGGGAAUUGUGCCAGAAACAAUGACCCAGUUGUAUCCCUCACAGGACAGGGUAAGGCCCGAAGAGCUGAGCCUGCAGUUCUCCUGUACUGACAGCGCUCAAGAAGUGCCUUGAGUCAAUGUGCAGUGUCAUGGCCUAGAUUUCAGUCCUUAUUACAGAAUUUCAGUGGUCACUUGGCCGUUUUGUAGUCCAUGCAUGUUACCUUUUUUUCCCUCUGUGUCUGAGAACUGUCAGAUACAGACUAUUUUGUAAAACAAGAUGGCAAAGAGCUAAUUAAAAUGCACAACAAGGUCCGUAAUUAGACAUGUCAUAUCAAAACUUAUUUUUAUCCUUGCACUGAAAGAAUGAUUUUAAGUCAGCAGCUUCUUUUAUUUCUUGACCGUGGCAGUGUUCUGGUUCCAAAUGAUAGAGAUUCCAAAUAAUGGUUCUGUUACAGCUACAGCUCAGAAAAUGCCAACUCAAAUAUUUUGAGACCCUGAAGACUAGCUCUGGACGUGUACUGCAGCUUCUUGUGUCUGUUUUGGAAUGCUGGAAUACCCAUGAGCCCUCUCUAAGAAUGCUGGACUUCUAAGACAUUAUGAGGACUGUCAGUACAUUAAAUCUCAUGAUGCAAUCUUAUUUGUAAAUGUAAACUUCAAAAAAUAUGUUUAAUAACCAUUCAACCUGUCUCUUAAAACUUUCAAGAAUUUCAGUGAACUUAUUUUUAUUUUUUAACAAGGAUUGUGAAUUGAAUAUCAUGAACCAUAUUUUGAUAUCCCUUUUUCACAUGUGCCAAUGGAAUGGGGUGUUUGAUAUUCUUUAUAUGUCAAGGAGAUGCUUCAGAAUGUCAAUUGCUUUAAACUUAAAUUACCUCUCAAGAGACCAAGGUACAUUUACCUCAUUGUGUAUAUAUAAUGUUUAAUAUUUGUCAGAGCAUUCUCCAGGUUUGCAGUUUUAUUUCUAUAAAGUAUGGGUAUUAUGUUGCUAAAUUACUCAAAUGGUACUGUAUUGUUUAUAUUUGUACCCCAAAUAACAUCAUCUAUACUUUCUGUUAUCUGUAUUUUAUUGUAUUUGUGCAAAAUUCUUCUGGCUUUACCAGUGUCAUCUCUGCCCUUUCAGAUAUGUACAGAAAAUGUCCAUAGAAAUUGUCAUUUAAGUUGGAUGACUUUGAGAAGCCUGUAAAGAGGAGAGAAAAACAUAAGCUGCGUUUCCCCAUAAGUUUUUUAAAUUGUAUAUUGUAUUUGUAGUAAUAUUCCAGAUGAAUGUAAAUAGGACAUAGAAGAGUGAUGCUUAUGUUAAGUCCUAACACUACACUACAGUAGAAAAAUGGAAGCAAUGCAAAUAAAUUACUUUUUUUCUCAAGUGCCAGUGGCAUAUUUUAAAAUAAAGUGUGAAUGUUGGAGUGA